AUGGUUGUCUGGAGGAUAAGAAAUGCGCACAAAAAGAAGUAUGCACUUAUAUGCCUGUGCAUUGUUGGCUUCAUCAUGUACAGAUAUCUCGGCGUGCCAGCAGGCGGACGGAGAAUAAGCAGGAAGGUGGGCCUGAGUGCCAACUCGUCUCAGUUCACCCUGGAGGGACAGCCCUUCCACAUCCUCGGGGGAUCCAUCCACUACUUCCGUGUGCCCAGGGCCUACUGGAGGGACCGCCUGAUGAAAAUGAAGGCCUGUGGCAUCAACACCCUCACUACGUACGUGCCAUGGAGUCUGCACCAGCCAGAGAGAAGGGGUUUCAACUUCCACUCACAGCUGGAUUUAGAAGCCUAUAUCAACCUUGCUGCUGAACUGGGGUUGUGGGUAAUUUUACGUCCAGGGCCCUACAUUUCCUCUGAGCUGGACCUAGGAGGACUGCCAAGCUGGCUCCUCAGCGAUGGCAACAUGAGACUGAGGACGACAUACCCAGGCUUUACUCAGGCUGUCAAUACUUUUUUUGACAAACUUAUACCAAAAGUGGUUCCACUGCAGUUCAAGAAAGGGGGUCCCAUUAUUGCAGUGCAGGUCGAAAACGAGUAUGGAUCCUUUGCAAAGGAUGAAAGUUACAUGCUUUUUAUUAAAGAGGCUUUACAGUCCAGAGGAAUAAGUGAGCUCUUGCUCACAUCAGACAGCCACAACACAUUAAAGUCGGGGGGUGUAGAUGGAGCAAUCAGAUCAGUGAAGCUGCAGAAGCUAAAUCAGAGAAACAUCCAGGAUCUGAAUGCUAUCCAGCCCAACAGCCCCACCAUGGUGAUGGACUACUGGACUGGCUGGUAUGAUGUAUGGGGCGACGUCCACCAUGUGCUUCCCCCAGAGGAUAUGGUGUCCACCGUGAGAGAAAUUCUGAGGCGAGGCAUGUCUGUCAACCUCUACAUGUUCCACGGAGGCUCCACUUUUGGCUUUGCAAGCGGCGCACUCGCUGAUCCUUCCUACAAAGCGUUGGUCCCCAGCUAUGAUUAUGAUGCUCCCUUGUCUGAAGUUGGGGAGUACACUCCAAAGUACCAUCUCCUUCGGGAUUUACUCUCUCGCUACAGCAGAGGAGACAGUUUGCCUGACAUGCCAGCCCUGCAUUACAGGGAGGCUUACGAAGCAGCUAUCAUGUACCAACACUUGUCCUUAUGGGAUGCUUUGAGCUUCACUGAGGGACCAUUUACAUCACCAAAGCCAGUAAACAUGGAGAAUCUACCUGCGAACAACAGGAACGGCCAGUCUUAUGGAUACACACUGUAUGAGACUACCAUCACCAGCGGAGGAUUAUUGAAGUCUGCAGACAACGUCCGAGACCGUGCCCGAGUGUUUGUAGACAGAAGCUACAUUGGCCUUUUCAAACGCCAAAACCUGGAGCUAGCAGUUCCUGAUGGUAAGGGACGGCGUACCUUAAGUUUACUGGUGGAAAACUGUGGACGAGUUCAUCAGGGAAGGGACCUUGACAAACAACAUAAAGGCCUUGUGGGAGACAUUUUAUUAAACAAUAUUCCCUUGCGGGAUUUUACAAUAUACAGCCUGGAUAUGAAACCCAGCUUUAUUGAUAGUCUUUAUCAGGCACCUUGGAAAACUCUCCCUGAAACUCCCAGCUUCCCUGGAUUCUUCAUGGGGAGGCUGUUUGUAUACGGAUAUCCGAGCGACACAUUUGUGAAGCUUCCAGGCUGGGAGAAAGGUGUUGUGUUUAUCAAUGGGCUGAAUUUGGGCCGUUACUGGUCAAUUGGCCCCCAGCAGACCCUCUACCUCCCUGGACCCUUUCUCAACAGUGGAAUCAACCAGGUCAUUGUGUUUGAGGAGCAGGAGGGUGACUACAAGGUCCACUUUGAGGACACGCCUGAUCUUGGCUUGGCAGCAGACAUCCAGUGA